CUCCAGGUCUCCUGUUGAUCUCCGGGGAUUCCCUGGAGGGAGGGGUACAUCGCUGUUUCCCUGUUGGCCAGUUCCAGCCGUGGGGCUCCUGUCCUGAGCCGCAGCCUCUCCGGGGAGGGCUCUGUGCCAGGAGCGUGACCCACCCUCCCCUGGACUCACUUUGCCAGGAAAGCCUGAGCCAGCGGCUGCUUCCCAGUCCCCCGAGCAGCCGGCUCUGGGCUGGGCUGCCUGGGAAUGCCAGGCCGAGUCUCCUGGGUCGGGGGGUCCGGAGCGGCUGGGCUGGAAUCCCCAGCCCCCGGCAGUGGCCUGCGGGCUCGAGCAUAGGGCCGGAGGAGGGAGCACCAGAGCUGGCCACCAUGCCAGGCCUUAAACACCUUCUGGCCGUCCAGUUCAAGAGGAUGCUGACCCGUGAGCUCACCCACCUGUCUGAGAUGAGCCGCUCUGGAAACCAGGUCUCCGAGUACAUUUCCAGCACGUUCCUCGACAAGCAGAAUGAGGUGGAGAUCCCGCCCCCCACGCACAAGGAGCGGGAGAAGAAGAAGAAGCAGCAGCCCAUGUGCCAGAUCAGCGGCGUGAAGAAACUCGUGCCCAGCUCCAGCCUCACCAAUUCCAGCAUCCCCCGCUUCGGGGUCAAAACCGACCAGGAGGAGCAGCUCAGCCAGGAGCUGGAGAAUCUCAACAAGUGGGGCCUGAACAUUUUCCUUGUCUCCGAAUAUUCCAACAGCCGCUCGCUCAGCUGCAUCAUGUACACGAUAUUCCAGGAGAGAGACCUGCUGAAAACCUUCAAGAUCCCGGCAGAGACGCUGCUGACGUACGUGCUGACCCUGGAGGAGCAUUACCACGCCGACGUGGCGUACCACAACUGCCUGCAUGCCGCCGACGUGGUGCAGUCCACGCACGUCCUGCUGGCCACGCCUGCCCUGGAUGCUGUGUUCACCGACCUGGAGAUCCUGGCCGCUCUGUUUGCAGCCGCCAUCCAUGACGUGGAUCAUCCGGGCGUCUCCAACCAGUUCCUGAUCAACACCAACUCGGAGCUGGCCCUGAUGUACAACGACGAAUCGGUCCUGGAGAACCACCACCUGGCCGUGGGCUUCAAGCUGCUGCAGGAGGAGAAUUGCGACAUCUUCCAGAGCCUCGGCAAGCGCCAGCGCCAGACUCUGCGCAAGAUGGUUAUCGACAUGGUCCUGGCCACCGACAUGUCCAAACACAUGAGCCUCUUGGCCGACCUCAAGACCAUGGUGGAGACCAAGAAAGUGACAAGUUCUGGGGUGCUGCUGCUCGACAACUACACGGACCGGAUCCAGGUGCUGCGGAACAUGGUUCACUGCGCCGACCUCAGCAACCCCACCAAGCCGCUGGGGCUGUAUCGGCAGUGGACUGAGCGGAUCAUGGAGGAGUUCUUCCGGCAGGGCGACAAGGAGCGGGAGCGGGGCAUGGAGAUCAGCCCCAUGUGCGACAAGCACACGGCCUCCGUGGAGAAAUCCCAGGUGGGUUUCAUCGACUACAUCGUUCACCCGCUGUGGGAGACGUGGGCGGACCUGGUGCACCCUGACGCCCAGGAAAUCCUGGACACCCUGGAGGACAACCGGGAUUGGUACCACACCAUGAUCCCGCGGAGCCCCUCCCCGCCCCCGGACGAGCAGGACAAGGACGAGGAGGUCUGCCUGGAGAAGUUCCAGUUCGAACUGACGCUGGAGGAGGAGGGCGAGGAGUCGGAUCAGUCGGACCCGGAGCGCUGCAGCCUGGGCCACGAGGAGAACAGCUUCUCCCCUGCGGAGGAGGAGCCACCCUGCCCGUCCCCAGAGGAGCAGGGCGGGCAGAACGGACUGGCACACGACACAGCCCCUGGGGCACCCUGACUCUGGGCUUCGGCUCAGCCGCCCAGCGGGAAACCAAACGAAAGCCACAUGUGCAACCCCGCCAUGGACUCUCUUGGGGGGGCACCGACACACAACUCCCGUUAAUUUAAUGUUGGGUUUAGCUGAGGGGAUUUUUAUUGUAUUUUUUACAAAAAAAAAAAAAAAGAAAGAAAAAAAGAAAAACUUUGAAAAAA